CAGUCCCGGAGGGAUCCUGGAGAGUGUCCGUUGCGUUAGAAGCGGGGAGAAUCGCGGAGAUGCCCUCGGCGUAGCAGCGUUUAGGGCAAAGGAGCUGCUUCCGUCUACUGUCAUCCACGGUAAGUGUAACCCCCACGUAGAGUAAAAAAAAGUUACCCCUGCAGGUGCGGAAAAAAACCUUCUUUGUGUUAUGCAUCGCUUCCCGAACUGUAUAAAUCUUCUAUUUUGUUUAUUUGGAGAUCUGCCAUUACUGUUUUGAUUUGAGGAUUAACCCAUUUCGCUAGCCCAGAUCCAUCAAAGGGAGAACACCACAUUAAACUUGCAUUGAAGUACAUUAAAGUGUAUUAAACGGGCAUCUGUUGUGCCGUAUGGGUUUGGAUAGAGUGGCGCUAGGUGGAUAAUUGCUGUCAUAUUAAAUGAAUGAAUGAAUAAAGACGUCAAGUGACGGCAUGAUUCUCGUACUAAAAAUAGGCCAUUUCACAGGAGUGAAAAGCUUUAAAAAUAGAUCAUUUCACCGGAGUCAAAAUCAUUAAAAUAGAUAAUUUCAACCAAGUGAAAAGCUUUCAAACCGGCGCCUCCCUCACCGAUGUCCUUACUUAGUUGUAGGAGCUGUUUUGUGCACGUAUAUAAUUAUGCAGUAACUGCACAAAAAGGGUUUAAAACACAGUGAGCGCCUGUUCGAUAUAAUCUAACAUUUUUCCGUUUUUAGACGAAAUAAAUCGGUACUGAGGAGAUUUCCAAGAAAUAGUAUCCGGAGAGUUUCAAAUGACACAGUAUUUAAUAUAUUAAAGGUGCUCAUCGUGAAUCACUGAGGUCAGAAAUCAUGGUACAGUAUUUGUUUUUCUCUAUAUGUAUUUAACUGUGUGUUAUUGCAGUUUAAUUGAUUUUCAUUUGUAAAGACUGGACGGUAGCUCUCCAGAACCGGAGUUGGAGACCCCUGGUCUAAAGGAAGCUAUUUGAGUCUUCCCUUUUGGGGGUGAAGGAGAAUCCAGGUUAAGUAUUUAAGGAUUUGAACUGGAGCUUUGAGGAAAUGAAUCCGCAUUCUUAAGAAUUAUGUGCUGUCCUGCUGCUGCACUAUGCUGUUUGUUAUUUUUUAAUCACUGUAUAUAUUUUCCUGGUGUACUGGCUCUACUCUCAGUCCAGACACGUUCUGCUAACCCAUGCCGAUCUUUCAGUGGACACCCUGACACCAAGAGAAAUGUCUGAGCUCAUGUGCGCCCUGAUCCGAGCCUCUGAGAAAGCAGCAAACAUCGCCCGAUCGUGCCGACAAGAGGAGGCACUGUUUAGCCUGCUCAUCGAGGAGAAGAAGGAAGGUGAGAAGAACAAGAAGUUUGUCACUGACUUCAAGACGCUUGCGGAUGUCCUCGUGCAGGAGGUUAUCAAGCAUGACAUUGGGAAAGAGUUCCCAGAUCUUGGAAACUACAUCUUUGGAGAAGAGUCGAAUGAAUUCACAAACGGCCUGGGGGAGACUAUACGGGUGAAGGUGUGCAACACAGAACAGGACACAGAGGCGCUGCUCGGCACGGUUCUGGGUGGGAAUGAUUCCACAUUCCAGUACAUCAAGGGAGUGGAAGACUCGGUGCCAACUGGGGGAGUGUAUAGCCAAGGGCUGCAGUGCGUCACCGUGCUCAUCGGGGUCUAUAACCGGCACUCUGGCACUCCUGUGAUGGGCGUCAUCAACCAGCCCUUUGCCUCUCUGGAUGAUGCUACCCAAAGAUGGACUGGUCGAUACUAUUGGGGGAUAUCAUCAGGCUCAUAUAACAUCAACUCUCUUCAGCUGUCGACAGACUCUGCAGUGCAGCCACCUGAUCAGCAGGGGGCGCCACUAUCUGUGGUUCUCAGCACCGGAGAGGCGGCAAGCGUGAAGGAGGCGAUCCUUCAAGUUUGUGGUGGCCGGCCACACUACGCGGCAGGCGCCGGUUACAAGAGUCUGUGUGUGGUACUGGGCCUGGUGGACCUGUACGUUUUCUCAGAGGAUACCACCUUCAGGUGGGACUGCUGCUCCCCACAUGCCAUCCUGCGCUCCAUGGGUGGUGGCAUGGCCGAUCUGCAGGAGUGCCUGAGGGCGCGGCGGGAGGGGAGGCCGGAGGAGCAGCCCGAGCUGCUGUACAGCCAGCCUAUACCUGGGGCCAUGGGGCCUGAUAGGUGGGCAAACAAGGGUGGGCUCAUCGCGUACCGCUCUCAGGCCCACCUGCAGGCGGUUCUGGAGGUUCUGGGGCCUCUCUCACUGUAAACGACAUGGUCAAACUGCAGCAAGUGGUUUCCUCUCACCAGUGAGCCGUGUUUUGGACCUUUCAUACACCGGCCUUUUGAAGGGGGCUUGCUUUAAUUAAAUGUUUUCUACAGUUAGGAUAAGGUGUUUAUUUACACAAAUUGGUGUUCAGCGAAUGGCUUUUAAAAAGAAAUUAUAAAUUGUAGAGGAAGAAAUGUUCAUCAUAUUAGUAUUAACUUACUUGACUGAAUGUUAAGUCUUGGGGUUGGAAGCGGCUUUUGAGUCAGGGGCGUCUGUAGUCCUUCCCACUUUGCGGUGCUGCCUGUGUCACAUGGUGUUCUGCCCUGUGAAACCCGACACCGUGUAUUUAAAUAAACCAAGCAUAACUGUCGAUUUCCGUUUCAGCGAGCACUUCCUGUGCUCCCUUCUGACUUCCUGCACAUGCAGUGCCCUUAAGUUUGCAUCGAUUCAACUGACAUAAAACACUGGGUCUAGUUCUGCCCAGUCAUGCUGUGAAGACAUCAGGCCUCGGAGAGAAACGGUCAAUUGCACUGCCCGUACUGGGCUGCAUUGUGUUUCAGAGACAUGUAAAACUCCACUCAUUUCUUCCUAAAACCCAUGUGAAGGUUGCUUGGGAAAUUGAUCUUAGGAGGGCAACAUAGGCCUGGAAUCUGCAGAUGAUCCCCGUGAUGGCAGUCACCACCAUGAAGCUGCCCCCGUCCCAGUCAGAAAUCAAUCCUGCUCUGGUGAUUCCCUGCCUGACCUUUUUCAAAAAAGCCUGAUAUUUUUUUUUUUUUAAAUGACUAACUAUGCUUUUUGUGCUGCAAUUGUUGACAUUAGAUGAGUAUUCAUGCAAGUAUACGAUAUAUGGUAUAAUAUAUAAAGAUAUGUUAUUGAGCAGGUAAAUUUAAGUUUUAUGGAUGCUGUAUGUUAUUCUGUUGUGAUAUUUUCAAAAAAAUGCAAUGCCUAAAUUGUUCAACGAGGACACAUGAAACAUUUACACAUACAAUCCUGUGCAUUACCCAGUGUCUCCCUCAAAGUAUAAAUACAUGGAAUUGUCACCUAUUUUUACACGAAUUUAGAAUUCUGAUUGACUUAAUGUAAUUGUAUUAAAACAUGUGAUGUAUUCCAGACAUUUAAAAUUGAAUUAUAAUAAAUUUUAUGUAUUUGUCGAAACUUU